CUCAGGACCCUCAGUGGAGGACAAGGGGCAGGAGGAGAAAGGAAGACGGAGAAGGACUCGGCGUUCGGGAAAAGGAGGGACGGGAAGAGACUUUCCCCAAAGAGUUGCGAGCCGAGGGAGGGGGCAAGGAGCGUACGGCGGGGCAGCUGUAGGCACAGUUAGACGGCGGAGCGAGGCAAGAGGUGGCGGCUGUACCGGAGGGAGACGGCUAGUCAGGCGCCCUCAGUUUGUGCGGCGGCGGCGGCAGCGGCUGCAGUAACUUCUCAGCGCGCGUCUUUUCCCGCCUCUUCGCCGUUUUGUUCUCGCCGGCGUUCCAGAGUCGGACCCGGACCCGCCGGCGGCCAGGAUGAUGAUGAUGUCCCUGAACAGCAAGCAGCCCUUCAGCAUGGCUCAUGCCAGCGGCGGCAGCCUUCACGAACCCAAGUACUCGGCCCUGCACUCCGCCUCUCCCUGCACGUCCUCGGCCGCCGGCGCCGCAGCGCCUUCGGCCAGCUCGCCCAGCAGCAGCAGUGCAGGCGGAGGCGGCGGCGGCGCCAGCGGCCGGAACAGCGCCUCGAAUAGCAGUAGCGCCAGCAACAGCAACACCACCUCCGAGGCCCUGCGCCGCGCCUGCUUGCCCACCCCGCCGAGCAACAUCUUUGGAGGUCUAGACGAGAGUCUGCUAGCCCGCGCAGAAGCCCUGGCUGCAGUAGACAUUGUGUCGCCGGGCAAGAGCCACCACCACCACCCACCACAUCACAGCCCCUUCAAACCUGACGCCACCUAUCACACCAUGAACACCAUCCCUUGCACCUCAGCCGCAUCUUCCUCCUCGGUGCCCAUCUCGCACCCCUCUGCCCUGUCCGGCACCCACCACCACCACCACCACCACCAUCACCACCACCAACCUCACCAAGCUCUGGAAGGAGAACUCUUGGAACACAUCACCCCAGGACUGGCAUUGGGUGCCAUGACAGGUCCCGAUGGCUCGGUGGUUUCCACGCCAGGCCACGCUCCUCACAUGGGCAGCAUGAAUCCAAUGCACCAGGCAGCUCUCAGCAUGGCACACGCCCAUGGGCUACCCUCGCACAUGGGCUGCAUGAGCGAUGUGGAUGCGGAUCCACGGGAUUUGGAAGCCUUCGCAGAGCGGUUCAAACAGCGGAGGAUCAAACUGGGAGUGACUCAAGCGGAUGUGGGCUCAGCCCUGGCCAACCUCAAGAUCCCCGGGGUGGGGUCCCUCAGUCAAAGCACCAUCUGCAGGUUUGAAUCCCUCACCUUGUCCCACAACAACAUGAUUGCUCUCAAGCCCAUCCUGCAAGCAUGGCUGGAAGAGGCAGAGAAAUCACACCGGGAAAAGCUCACCAAACCAGAGCUCUUCAACGGAGCAGAGAAGAAGAGGAAACGCACCUCCAUUGCUGCUCCUGAGAAGCGGUCCCUGGAAGCCUAUUUCGCUAUCCAACCGCGACCUUCCUCGGAAAAAAUUGCAGCCAUCGCAGAGAAAUUGGACCUCAAGAAGAAUGUGGUCCGAGUCUGGUUCUGCAACCAAAGGCAGAAACAGAAACGGAUGAAAUAUUCCGCUGGGAUUUAAAGUAUUUGGAAACCUUUCUGCUUAGGGGGAGAAAACAAGUAUCAAAGGACAGAAAGACAUUUCUAUUUCUCUUUCCUGGAAAGAAAGAGACCAAAGUUCAGAAAGAGAGUCCGACUGAGAGACAUUUGGACUGAAUGGACAAAGUAUCAAGUUUAGAAAGUUGGCAGCAGAUUUUAUCGGGUUUGCAGGCUCAGACUUAAAUUGGCAUCAAAGACAGACUGAUUUUUGUGAAGGCAGAUAAGAAAUCUUUAUAAAGGA